CGUGGCGCUGCGGCCGGGGGGGGGCCGCGGGGCCAGGGCUGGGCACAGCCCGGUGCCGUCGCUGCCAAGUACCGGGCUGUGUGCCCGCCUCCUGCCUCUGGCUGUGGAAGGAGUGGUGGUGGCACGGCGAGGGGCCCUGGGCGCGUUUCCAGCCCCGUGCCCUUCUGGUGCCUGCAGCCUGCCGCCUUGGUAGCUGGAAGCAGACGUGGCUGAGGUUUGAGUGCCCUACGUCUAGGCAGCAGGCGCUCCCAGAGAGGAUGUCUGCGUUAAGAUAGUUUACUUACACCUAGGUAACUGCGUUCGCUGCAUUUGGAGUCAUCGCCAAUGCUAUUACCAGAUGCCCACGAAGCGACCAGAGAAACCAAUGAACUCAGAUAUCCCACUUCCUCCAACAUCCCAGAUUCCAGGUCUUACAAAAGCUCCCAAUGAAGGGACGUUUGGGUGCCGCAGGAAAUGGAUCAAAGACACUGAUUCAGCUUAUGUAAGGCUGGCAAAGCAAGGAGGCCGACCUGACUUGUUGAAGCACUACGCUCCUGUUACAAGCAAGUCAUCUCCGGUAGCAUACGCUGUGCCUGACUGGUACUCACACCGCUCCAAUCCUCCAGCAGCCAAUGAGCCACGGAACUAUGUUUCCACUCUACCAGAUUUUAUGGUUCACAAAGAGUUCAAUGCUGAUGACCAUCAUAGUAAUAAUUACGAGACAAGAAGAGGCCCUUUCGAUUUCGAUAUGAAAAGCGUUUGGCAGCGGGAUGCUGAGGACAAAGAAAAUGCAGAGAAAAAAAAGGUAAAGCUCCCAGCUAUAAACACUACGUGUCCAACCAGAACGCCAAAUAUUUCUAUGAACAAGGAAUUCAGUGGGAAAAAUAGGCUUUCUUUUCCACCUAUGCCUGCUCAGAGAAAAAGCGAAGCGGUAAACUUUAGCAAAUUAAUUAGCAAUGGUUACGGGACUGACUGGUAUCAACAACAUACUGCAUGGAAAAAAAAGAUUCAAGAAACUUCAGAAAACAGUGAGCAGUCCACAGAUUCAGAGCCAUCACAGUCUGAAUCAGCACCUGCAAGCAGUGAAUUGAAGCCAGAGUUUCAGGGAUGUAAUAAGUAACUUAAAAGAUGAUUGGGGAAAGUAAGGCAUUAUAUGGCUUAUGAUAAAGUCCACUAUUUACAUCUUUGUUGGUUUACUUUUGUCUGAUUAGAUUAUUUUAACGAUUGAACUCAUCCCUGAUUGAGUAGCUCAGUUCAUUUAUAACAGGAGUGAACUUUAUUGUGCUUGAUGACAGCAAAUUCUAAAGAAUAGCUGUCAGUGCAUAUGCCUAGGAUUUUUCUUUAUAUAUAGAGAGCGAAACUAAAGUUCUCUCCUACACCAGACUUCUGCUCCCUUGCUGUUGUCAAAUAGUAUUGUCCUGUUGCUGCUCAUUUGACUAUAUACAUGUACAAUAUCAAUGUGUCCAAAUCAACACGUUUCUUUAACUAUAGUUAUGCUUGUCACCUAUGACAAAAACAGUGAGGGAGAACUGCAUGGUACAGGAGGAAAUGUAAAGAGAAAGACUUGAACUGGUCUGGCUACUUGCAGGAGAAAAGAAGUCAAACCUUCAUUGGAAAGAUGGCUUCUUAGUACCCAAAGAACAUUUAGAACAAAUAUUAAGAUUUCUUAGACAAUUCUAUUGCUAUGCAAGCUAGAACUAGUUGAGUGGUGAUAGUGUUCAGCCACGUAAUUAAGGUAAGAGUUGUUGGCAUUUCCUGUUACACAUUUCCUUAUUUUACAGAAGGUGGAUCGUUAAGGAAACAGUGACACAGACUAAGCUGUGCAUAUCUACACAGUCAGCCUUUUAGAUAAAAAAAAAAAUAUCCUGAAUUUGACUACAAAAAUAAAUGGUAUGCUAGAUGUGUUUAUUCACACCAGCAAAACACUUUGUACUUUGAAAAAAAUAAAUUGUUUUAGGACUCUAAAAUAUAUACUCUGACAUUUUAACACUUGUUCUUUUAUCUGCUUGAAUUAGAACAUACCCUUAAACGCUGUGAAUAAUUAAAUAUGUCAUUAUAAAGCCCAUUAGAAAGUGGAUCUAAUUUCAAUAGGAUAUUUUUGCUUAUGCUAUAAAAAGCUAAGUUUUUAAUAAAUUGUAUUUAUUUUC